CGACCCCUUGCUCUUGCUUCUCUAUUGAUUACUGAAUCUUCCUCUCUUUUUCUCUCAAAAUCAAAAGUAUGGGUGGUGAUCAUCGGCAUGCUUCUUCAAGUUCAAACAGCCCUGAAACCGUUCUGCCGCUUGCUGUGGUGCCGGGUUAUUUUGAAGAGGCAGAUGUGGCACCCAUUAUUUCAUCCUACAAUGAUCAUAUACGCCCUUUGCUGGACGCUAUUGACAGGCUCAGGCUUCUCCAGGUCAUGAAAGAAGGCAUCCAGCUGCCCACCAUUGUUGUCGUUGGUGACCAGUCCUCCGGAAAGUCCAGCGUUCUCGAAUCACUCGCCGGCAUCCACCUUCCUCGUGGCCAGGGAAUCUGCACCAGAGUUCCCCUGAUUAUGCGGCUCCAGAAUCAAGACACUACUGAACCAGAGCUUUUCUUGGAGUACAGUGGAAAAACGGUUCCCGUGGAAGAAGACCACAUUGCUGACGCCAUUAGUCUUGCCACCGACGAGAUUGCCGGCAGCGGUAAGGGUAUUUCCAACACUCCCCUGACUUUGGUGUACAGUGAAAAAACGGUUCCAGUGGAAGAAGACCACAUUGCUGACGUCAUUAGUCUUGCCACCGACGAGAUUGCCGGCAGCGGUAAGGGCAUUUCCAACACUCCCCUGACUUUGGUGGUGAAGAAAAACGGUGUGCCGGAUCUUACGAUGGUGGAUCUUCCCGGAAUCACCCGAGUCCCUGUUCACGGCCAGCCGGAGAACAUUUACGAGCAGGUAACUGAGAUGAUUAUGGGGUAUAUAAAGCCGGAAGAGAGCAUAAUCCUGAAUGUUCUCUCAGCAACAGUUGAUUUUUCUACCUGUGAAUCCAUCAGGAUGUCGCAGCAGGUGGACAGGAAUGGCCAGAGGACUCUGGCCGUCGUGACAAAGGCAGAUAAGUCACCGGAAGGGCUACGCGAGAAGGUCAGUUCCAAUGAUGUUAAUAUUGGGCUUGGUUAUGUCUGUGUGAGAAACAGGGUCGGUGAUGAAUCUUUUGAAGAAGCAAGGGGGGAAGAAGAAAAUUUGUUCGAAACCCACCCUCUGCUUUCGAAGAUGGACAAAUCCAUCGUCGGAAUUCCGGUUUUGGCAGAAAAGCUCGUUCAAGUUCAGGCAAAUAUCAUUUCAAAAUGCCUACCCAAGAUUGUGAUGAACAUCAAUGAAAAGCUGAGUGCAAAUGUGAUGGAGCUGGAGAAGAUGCCGAAGAUUCUGUCCUCCCACGCGGAAGCUAUGACGACUUUCAUGCAGAUCAUCGGAUCGGCGAAAGAAUCUCUGAGGAAAAUUCUGUUGAGAGGGGAAUUUGAUGAAUACCCAGAUGACAAGGAAAUGCAUGGAAGUGCCCGAUUGGUGGAAAUGCUCGACAAAUUCUCCAACGAGCUUCAUAAGAGCGUUGAAAAUGAACAAACAGGUGACUUUUUGAUUGAAGAAAUUAAGGUUCUUGAGGAAGCCAAAGGGAUUGAAUUGCCCAAUUUCCUCUCUCACUCAGCUUUCCUCCGCAUUCUUCAGAGGAAAGUCGAUAGGAUUUCAAGCAUGCCUACUGACUGCGUUGAACAGACAUGGGGCUACAUUGAAAGGGUUGUGAUUGCUAUUUUGAAGCGUCAUUCGGAAGACUAUCCACAGCUUAAGCUUGCAACAACAAGAGCAGCUAAAAGCUUGAUAUCUAAAAUGAAAGAACAGUCAAUGAAUCGGGUUAUGGAGAUUGUGCAAAUGGAGAGGCUGACAGAUUAUACAUGUAACCCUGAUUACUUGUCUGAAUGGAGCAAGCUCUUAUCCCAACAGCAGAAGUUCAUGGGAGAUCUUACAAGUUUUAAUGGUUAUAAUUAUAAUUAUAAUUCGACAACCAUUGAAGGUUGGGGGACAAUUCAGAUCGAGCAUCUAAGGGGGAAAUCGGAUACUAUUCUUCAGCAAGCUUUUGACUUGAAGACGAGGAUGAAAGCAUAUUGGAAGAUAGUUCUGAGGAGGUUGGUGGACACCAUGGCUCUCCUUUUGAAAUUUAAUGUGCACAAUCUGGUGACUAAGGAGAUGGAGAAGGAAAUUUUCAUGGAGCUGCUGGGUGCGGAUGGUGGAAAAUCUAUUGAGAGGAUUCUGGAGGAGUCGCCCGGUAUUGCUGGGAAAAGAGAGAGGCUGAAGAGUAGUAUUGGUAUGUUGAGGGAGUCCAAGGAGGUUGUGGCUCAAAUGAUGGACAAAAUUGCUUCCUAUGGUGACUAAGGUCAUUCAAUUAGUCUGGGGCAUCAAAUGGUGGUUUGUUUUCUUUUUGUUAAUUUUGAACCUUCUGUGUGCUACAUAUGUGGGUUUUUUUUUUUUUU